AUGUCUGACGACGAUACUUCCCCUGAUCACCGGCUUCUGGCAAGGUUGUUUGCCACGGACAGAUACCCCAUUUGUCGUCUCAACGUCUACUCGAAACCAGAUACACUCACCGUUUUAAGGAACCUCCAACGGGAUACUCCUGAAUUCGACCAGAUAUUAGACUCGAGUUUUGGUGGUCUUUUCAGGUUACCCGCCAACAGAGCACCAAUCUCUUGCAAACUCAUUCAGGCUCUCAUAGCCAGGCAACUGGUGACCAAACACAAGUACGAGAUGUGGACGGUUUUUGUUGGUCAGCCGUUACAUUUCUCUCUUAACGAGUUCCAGAGCAUAACCGGUCUCAACUGUUCACUAUUCGAAGAGGGUUACGAAACCCCAUUGAUAGAGGCAUCCGUCAAAGAACCGGAUAUUUACUGGAAGCGAUGGAUAGGUGAUGAUGUAAAAACAACAUGCGCAGACAUCGCCACUUGGCUUCGAGAUGAUAAGGACAUGCCCAACGAUCGACGGAUCCGUCUAGCUCUUCUUUUGAUUGUUGAUUGCGUCCUUAUUGCCAACCAUCAGACUCACUCUCCCACACCUCGUUAUGUGAAGAUGGUCGACAAUCUUGAAAAUUUCCUCAACUUUCCAUGGGGCAGAGAAUCAUUCAUCAAAACGUUGUGGUCGAUGAGGCCUCCCAACGUCAUCAAGUCCAGCAAAAAUAAGGAAGAGGGACCAGUUCAGCUAUUUUGUAAACAGCUUCAGCAAAAAUCCAUUAAAUUGAAUGGUUUCCCCCUGGUGUUACAGCUACUUGCUUUCAGAGCUAUCCCACUCUUUCUCAGUAAGUUACCAGAUCCCUGCGAUGCACUUCGAAUUAUUGAUCUAACCACAGAAGGGUUCCCCAACAACGCUGCUGUCACGCUUAAUGAUGUCCUUGAUUCGGAAAUCGAUUGCAAUCUUGUUGUUAACCCAAUGAUUGACCCACCUCCAAGUGUUGACGACGGUUCCGGUGAGUGGGAUGACGAGGUUCGUGAUCGCAAGGUUGAGUACAUGCUUAAACUCAUCGAACAGAACCAUGUUUUCGUCAAACAGAACUGGCUCGGUGGGGACGCCUCCUGCCCUCUUAUCGUGCACGAGCCUUUUCACACAAAAGGCAGCCACAAGAAACAUAUAAUUAAUCGCAGGAAAGGGAAAGCUACCACCAAACCAGUCGUUUGUGCCUAUCUAGCCUAG